AUGUCAGAUAAGCUUUAUGAACAAAUUUUAGAAAUUAAUACAAAUGAAUUUUUUGAAAAUGAAUCAGCAGUGAUCAAUUUUAAAUAUAAUAUUUCACUUGACAUAAAUGAAGAUAAUCCACAAAA